UCGUCAACACUGCAGUCUUUCACUAGCAGCUGCAGUAGCAGAGAGGCAGCACGCCCACAACAACCUCUGCACUGUCAACCAGCAAACACUGAAGAAAAGGACCAUAAUGGCGGCUGCAUCUCCCCCACUAGACCCAGAUCUCAUGAGAGAGGUUCUCGAAUGCCCCAUCUGCCUGGAGACCUACAACCAGGAGCAAAUGAGACCCAAACUCCUGCAGUGUGGUCACACAGUGUGCAGGCAGUGUCUGGAGAAGCUGCUGGCUAAUACCAUCAACGGUGUCCGCUGUCCCUUCUGCAGCAAGGUGUCCCGAAUGAGUAGCAUCUCCCAGCUGGCUGAUAAUCUCACCGUGCUCAAGAUUCUAGAUUGCACUAUAUCCUGCAGUGCCGCUGCUGCUGCCCUAAUGUGCAAGUCCUGCUGCAACCGACUGCCACGACAGUACUGCCACGACUGCGCCACAGUUCUCUGUGAGCUCUGUAAAAUGGAGGAUCACCUGCAUCAAGGCCAUUCGGUCCAGCCAAUAAGGUUGGCAGCUGAGCAGCGUCGUAAAGAACUGGGCGGAAAGCUGACUGCUCUCCGUGAUGUUAUAGAAGAGAUUCAGAAGAAGAAGACAGCGAUUGAAAACAUUACCAAGUCUUUGAGACUAAAGUACCGAGCAGUUCAGCAGGAUUACACUACAGCUGAGUCGCGUCUUCAAGAGGAGCUCACCAGAUCUCGAAGGACAUUCGCAGCUUCCAUGGCAGAAGUGGAAAAGCUCAACGCGCAGGUCCUAGAGGAGCAGACAUAUCUUCUUAACAUUGCAGAGGUAAAAGUGGUGUCACGCUGCGAUUAUCUGACAAUGCGUGUGAGGCAGAGCGAUACCGCCUUGCUAAAGGAUGAUGGUGGAAGCAGUGAUGAUGAGGAGCUGGAUCUGAGGAGCAGUUUACCCACAAUGUUUCAGCUGCAAGACCCAGAGCUGAUCAAAACAGAGCACUCUAAACCUGUAGAAGUGGGCCAAGUGACCACAAACACUUACACUGUCAAUACAGAUGAUGAGGAGACUGGGUUAGAGAUUGCACUUGAGAGUGAUGUCAGUGGGGUAGCUGGGGCAGUAGGGGCUACAGGUGGUGCAAUGGGGGCUCCGGUGGAUCUUUACCGAGAUAUUGACAUGGUGGCAGCUGUAGAGGAGACAGUAUGUGGUUCACCAGGUAGCUUUAAGUCAAAGUCCAUGGAUGCAGGAGGGGGAUCACCUGGUGCAGCUGGGGUAACUUCAGGGCCCCCAGUCUGCCAGUUUGUGAAGAAGAUGGGUUGUAAGGGAGCUUUACCUGGCAUGUUCAAUUUACCAGUCAGCAUCUGCGUAGCACAGCAAGGUGAAGUACUGGUAGCUGACCGUGGGAACUACCGUGUACAGAUUUUUAAUCGCAAAGGUUUCCAACGUGAAAUCAGGCGCAAUGCCAGUAGCAUUGACAACUUCGUUCUGAGCUUCCUUGGCGCUGACCUCCCUAACCUCAUCCCCUUAUCUAUUGCUGUGACUCCUCAAGGCCUGAUCGGUGUCACUGACAACUAUGAUAACUCAGUUAAAGUCUACACCAUGGAUGGGCACUGUGUGGCUUGCCACAAGAACCAGCUGAUUAAACCCUGGGGCAUUACUGCCAUGCCAUCAGGCCAAUUUGUUGUGUCAGACGUGGAAGGUGGAAAGCUGUGGUGUCUUGCAGUGGACCGCAAUGUAGGUGUGGUCAGCUACAACCGACUGUGCUCUGCUGUCCGGCCAAAGUUUGUGACAUGCGAUGCAGCUGGAACAGUGUAUUUCACCCAGGGCCUGGCACUGAACUUUGAGAAACGGCACAAUGAGCCACACCUGGAGGGUGGCUUCUCCAUCGGUUCAGUCGGUACCGAUGGCCAGCUUGGCAAACAGCUCAGCCACUUCUUCUCAGAGACAGAGGACUUCCGCUGUAUCACUGGCAUGUGUGUGGAUGCCAAUGGGGACUUGCUGGUUACAGACAGUGGCAGGAAAGAAAUCCUCCAGUUUCCCAAAGAAGGUGGAUUCAAUAUUCUGAUCCAGGAAGGGCUGACCUGCCCUGUGGGAGUGGCCACCACCCAGAAAGGACAGCUGCUGGUGCUGGAUUGUUGGGAUCACUGUGUCAAAGUCUACACGUACAUUCAAAGGAGGCAUUCUUCCACUUCCUAGAAGAAAUGUCCAGUCUAAUUGCCCGUGAGCUUGAAAGAUUUAGUAGGUAUGUUUGAGUAGGUCUGUAUGGAAGCUUGGAAACGGAAGAAACACACUAUUAUUUGUCACUUUAGUUUAGCUGCAGUCCAGACUAUUUUCACUCCAGCUUCCAUUGAGUUAUUUACUGAAUGUUUUCAGUCAGUUCAGGUUCAGUUUGAAUCCUACUGGAUUUUAAUUUAAUACCUCAAAUUCAAUCUGGUUAUACUAAUGGAUCAUAAUAGUAAGACAGACCUUGCUAAAUUUUUAGAUCAAAGGGACUGGCAAAUUGUCAUAUUGGACUAAGCAGCAGGAGCCAUUCAUGUUAAAGCUACUGAGGCACAAAGUACAGAUGAUUUUCCUUCCUCUGUUGUUGGCUGCUUUAUCCACCAUUCAGCCUGACUGUGUUUGAUGCAUGGCUUUCACUGAUUUGGCUCAGCUUUGCAGCAGAAAAAAUGGGGAGGAAGAAGAGCUGAAAAUGAACAUGUAUUUGCAUAUGAAAUAAAGCAUACCAAGGCUUUUGGCCUGUGAAGCACUUUAUUAUCGACACGCCACUGUUUCCUAGUGUUAGGUUUUAGUAGCACAGACUUACGUUGAUGUUGCUGAAUGCAGCUGGCAGCUUUAAAGUUUACUGUGCAGUGAGCUACUGGCAAUACAGUAAUCAAGUACCAGCAUUCAUUGAAUUGCAUUCAGUAACAUUCAGGGAACAUUUAAAUAUUGGAUAUGAAGUUAUCUACAGAAAAGAAGGGUUAAACUGCAAAAUCACAACAUGAUGUACUGUGGAGGAAAUAAAUAUGGGGUGGUGGUGAUAAGGUCAUAUACUGGAGUUCUGUGGAUUGAUGUUUGUUUACUCAUGUUGCCAGGAAACAUCUUAACAUUACAUGUUAAAUAAGUCUGUUUUUAUUUGCUGAAGCUUAUUUAAGGGUAGCUGAGUUAAUGCAAUCAGAGGAGUUUCUGAUGUUUAUUUUACAGUUGUUAUUUUUUGUGGUACUUUUGGAGCACAUUGCUAUCUUUUUUUAUAUUUACUAAUACUGCCCUGCACGCCAGUGUAUGUCAGCCUCAAAGUAAGAAAACAGUUUCAGCUUCAGUGACAUUUUCUGAGCAAAGGUCACUAAAAUCCACAGUUUGGUUUACAAACACUUUUCUGUCUAUAUGUUUUUUAUUUAACCUUCUCCCAGCGAUGUUCCUGCCACAGCCUCACUCACUGUGUCUGUGUAAGGCAGGCUGAAUUCAAAUACGCCACAUAAAAUCCUUGUCUUUCUGCUGCAGAUCAUAUUCAGGCUGUUCUGCUCAGUCAUUGAUUUCAUCUCAAUUUCAGACAUUUUCAUGCCCUUCUGUUUGUUUUUUGUUUAACCCGUAGCAUUAAUAUCAUAUUGAGCAGUUUUACUUAGCAAAACCCACGCAGUAGCUUCUGCUUUUAGUCUCUCAUACAGACAUGUGUCCAUUACGAACAGAGUAGAAAGGUCCUAAGAUAACAGAUCACCUUUGAAGCUUGGCGGGUUUUUAAAAGUUCAAGGCUCUGUUAUUUACAUUGCUUCCGCUAUGUCCAAUCAUCUAUAAAUGGCUUUAAACUUCUAUGCAUGUAUCGCCAACACCCAGCACCCGUAUCCCAUUAAGUGUAACGAUACAGCAGAUGUGUGUGUAACUCCAAUAAUGUUUACGAAUUUAGUUAAAACCUGACAUUUAUUCCAGACAGCGUGCUCCAUGCCAUGUUUCCUCCAGCCUGCCUUCUGGUUGCACAGUCUUUGUAGGGAUCACAGCUGCCAGGAGUGUUCAGAAUAUCACUGCGAGGAUAAUGAUGAGUGAAAACUCCAGCAUCACAUCCCAAAGUUGGCUUUUUGUUACAUUAGGUUGGUUUCCGUGUCUCCCUCAGGUUUUUAUUCAACACUAGAUAACUUGCAACUCUCUCAAGUGUUGGUGCAUAUGGUAACAACAACAGCCAUAUACAGUGUUUUGCUAGUUCGUGCAUAGUGUUUGUUCACAGUAAACAGGUCUCUGUGUAUUUGUUUUGGUUUUUUAUUAUCGUGUAAAAUUUUGAGUCGAAAUGAGGCAUGAGGAAGAUGAUACUUUCAGGUAAAAUAACAAAAGACAACUUCACUAAACAAUCAGUUAAAAUAUUUAGUGGCCUAAAUAUGGGGAAUCGAGUUAAUCAUUGAAUCCCCUAUAUUAAUACUGUAUGUAACGAGUCAUAAAUAGUAAAUGCAUAUCUUCCAAUCCACAUUUGCUCAUUACAGUGUAUCGCAUACUGACUCAGUUUCAGCCUUAAAAUUAAAUCAUUUCACAAAGCUGACCUUAACUCUGCACCUAGAGCCCUUUUAAACAGCAAAAUUCAAAUAUGCAUAUCUAUGAAUCAAACUAUCAUGAACAAUAAGUGUUUUUGAUAUUUCCACAUAAGCAACGAGAUUAGGAGAGGGAAAAAGAAGUAGGUCAGCUGUGACAGUCAUAUCUUUGUGCUUUUAUAUUUUAAGUGGUGUGUUUGUUUUGUUGUUAGACCAUGCUAUAUCAGCACCAAAUACAUUUUGAUUUAAGACUUCCAGCUGCAUGUCAUCCUUGCCAACAGAGUUUUUUUUUAGUGCUACACUUAUUUCAAGUGAUCACUAGAAGUAGUCAUUACUAGAGAAUAUUCAAAACAUUUACAUUGACAUAAAAAUGCAUAAAAUGCUAGAAAAAUCAAGUGUCCUUGUGUCAGUGUGGUGAACAUCAGUGUCUCACAUAAUCUGGAUAUGUUUUAUUUCUAUUUCAUCAGAGAGAACUAAUGUCCUUGCACAGUGUUUUUAAUUUAUACUACUGGUUUGUUAUGUUGCACUUUGUCCAUGAACUAAACUCCCACAUCCUUCAGGGUUUGUCGUUUGGAGGCUAUGAUUUUAAAAAUGUGUUGAACACAUUACGGACAUCUGUGUAGUCAAAUUCAUGUUUGUAUUGUUGAUAAUUUGAGUGCAAUAAACAUUUAUGAAACAAA